UCUUUUAUCUUUUCUUCUUCGGUCGAAACCUCAUUCUUCUGCCGAAACCCAUACUAGUCGUCACCACCUACUCCUCCGUCUGCCUUGAUUGUGUGACUCCACCGUCGGAAAAUCCAACCUCCUCUCACGAUACGCUCGCAACGAGUUCAAUCUUCACUCCAAAGCUACAAUCGGAGUUGAAUUUCAAACUCAGAGCUUAGAAAUUGAUUCCAAAGAAGUAAAGGCUCAGAUUUGGGAUACUGCAUGUCAAGAACGGUUUCGCGCUGUUACGUCGGCGUAUUACAGAGGCGCCGUCGGUGCUCUCGUUGUUUAUGAUAUUAGCUGGAGAACUACGUUUGAUAGCGUCAGUAGAUGGCUCGAUGAACUCAAGAUCAAUAGCUGAAUGAAAAUCACAUGAUUGUUGGUACCUUCCGGGGCUUUGACCAGCUUAUGAAUUUGGUUGUUGACAAUACUGUGGAGGUGAAUGGCAAUGAGAAAAAUGAGAUAGGGAUGGUGGUAAUCAUAGGAAAUAGUGUGGUAACUGGAGAGGCACUUGAACCAGUAAUCAGGAGCAUCUAAUAUGUGUUUCUUGUAAACAUUUAUGAGUAAAUUGUAAGGUUUAAGGUUUCAAUUCAACAAUUUCCGGUUUCUAAAUGUAAUUGGGAUUAUUAGUAUUGUCAUGCUAUGUUUCUAGUUUAUUUUCAAUCCAGGAUACCUUCAGUAGUUCAGUGGAUUGUAUUGGUAUAACUAAAAUGAUGUAUAUGUCUUCUUCAGUUAAAUUGAUACUUUUCUAUUGCAUAUAACAUUAGCAAUUCUCACUUUCUAUUUA